CUUGAUGACACGUUAGUUUAUUCAUUAAAAGACACACUCAUACAUUGAUUUAUUAGUUUGAUGAUUUAUCGAUUCUCUGAUUUGCUGAGUUAUUGAAUCAUUCGUUGCUGAAGUGACAUUCUGAUUCGUUUAUUGAUUCAUUGAGUUGCUCUACUAUAUUACUUUUUAAUCAAUAAGAACUUGAAAUGAUAAAAUAGUGGUCUUAUGUUUUGUGAAGAUGGAAAUGAUAAGCAAGGGUAAAAAAAUUGCAGGCAAAAUAAUUACAGAAAAAGACUAGAAUUAAUAAAGUUAUGCUUGCUAUUGAAAAAUCUCAAACAUUAGAAGGACAUGCCAGUGAUGUUGUUAGUUGUGAUUUUUAUAAGGAUUACUUAGCUACUGGAUCCGGUGAUAAAACUGUAAAAGUCUGGUUUCGAGAAUCAAAAGUUACUUUUAAAGAAGCAGAAUUUUCUCCUCUUCUUAAGCAUACAUAUGGAGUAAACUGUGUUCGGUUUUCCCCAGUUGGCUUUCUCUUAGCUUCAAGCUCAACUGAUGGUAAAACUAUACUAUGGAGUGUUCAGGAUGGAUCUUAUCUUGGGGAGAUGCAACAUCCUAGUGGAUCUCCCAUUCGCAUUUGCUCAUUUUCUCCUAAUUCUUCAAUUCUAGCCACUGGAGGAGAUGAUGAAAAAGUAAUUUUGUGGGAUAUAACUACCAAAAGUAUUAUAAGAAUCUUGGAGGAGCAUGAGGCCAUGGUUACAGCUGUAGCUUUUACUCCUGAUUGUGCUUUUUUGGUAUCUUGCUCAACUGCUGGUGAUAUCAUAUUAUGGGAUUCUCGUUAUGGACAUGGGAAAUGCUUAACAACUGUUGCUAAUGCUCAUGAUUUAGGAAUCCUAAGUUGUGAUUUUAGCCCUCAGUAUGAAACUGUUUCUGAGAGUGGGUUUCUUAGUGGAAAUUAUAUGAUGGCAUCCUGUGGUAAUGACGAUUUGGUGAAAAUAUGGUCAGUUGAAACCAAUUCUACUCAAAAUAUAUGUCUUAUUACUACACUUGAAGGACAUUCUGGAAAUGUUAUGUCUUGCCGAUUCUCACCUGACGGAACUUUAUUAGCAUCAACAGGUGGGGAUCGACUUAUUAUUCUGUGGGAUCCGAAAACUGGUCAGGCUUUGCAAAAGUUAGAAGGUCACACCAGGUAUGUCACUUGCUGUGCUUUUCUUAAUUCCAGUAUUUUAGCUACUGGCUCAAAUGAUAAAACAAUUGCCAUCUGGUAUAUGAAUAAAGAGACAAUAUCAAACCCUAACACUGAAAACACUAGUGAUUCCUCAAAUGAAUACAUAGUGGUUGGACAAAAGAGAAGUUUUUUAUCUUGGUCUCUUGAUGAUGUUGCAAACUGGUUAAAAUCAUUAAAAUUAGAGGAAUUAAUUGAAUCAUUCCAAACUCAUUCAAUUGAUGGCAAAGAGCUUAUGUAUUUGAAUCAUGAAAACUUACUUACAGUUAUGAAAGUUGAGAGCUUGGGAAAGAGAAACAAAAUUCUCCGUGCAAUUCAGUGUCUGAAAAAUCCUUUGUGGCAACAUGUUUUAUCUGAUACUGAUGAAACCUUAAUGUUGAGUGAGUUUUGCUGUCCUAUUACACAAGAAGUAAUGAGAAGUCCAGUUGUUGCUGAAGAUGGUUACAGCUAUGAAAGAGCUGCUAUUGAAGAGUGGUUUGAAAGUGGAAAAAACACUAGUCCAAUGACAAAUGAAGUUCUUCCAAAUAAACUUUUAAUUCCUAAUCAUGUUCUCUUACAGUUAAUACAGAAAUAUAAAUUAUAGGUAUAACUGAACCUGAUAUGCUAUAUACAUAUCAAACCAUUUUGUAAAUCGAUCAUUAUAUUAAAAAAUGUAAGACUUUUAUAUAUGCUUUUACCAUUAAUAGCGAAAUAGAUUUUACAAACGUUAUGUUACAGUAGUAGCCUUUUGGAGCAGUGGUCUUCAACAGGCUGGCAAAUAAAUAAUUGCCAUUUUGAAAAUGA